CCCUGUCUUGCGUGCUCUACAUUUUUCUCUCGAGGACCAUUACCUCAACAUAAAAGUCACACCUUCAUUGCCUUCUCCGCAGAACCCGAGUCAUCUUUCUUUGCCUGAAACAGUGGCUUUUUAACAACUCACCAGUACAGAAACUGAGAGACCUCUAUUUGUUUGUCUUCAUCAUUCACCAGUCAACAUGUUUCGUAGAAAGCAGUCUCAGAAUCAUCAGGAGCAUGGCAUUGAAGAACAAGAAGCGAAGGUCGGUGAACUCAGGGCUGCCCUCGGACCUCUUUCUGGUAGAAGUCUGAAGUACUGCACUGAUGCAUGCCUGAGGAGAUAUUUAAUAGCUCGGAACUGGAAUGUUGACAGGCCAAAGAAAAGGAUGGAGGAGACACUCAAGUGGAGAGCAACUUACAAGCCUGAAGAAAUCUGUUGGCAUGAAGUAGCUCAUGAAGGUGAGACGGGUAAAGUCUCCAGAGCAGAUUUUCAUGACCGAUCUGGGAGGACUGUGCUCAUAUUGAGGCCAGGAAAGCAGAACACAACAUGUGCAGAAGACAAUAUCCGCCAUUUGGUUUAUCUUAUAGAGAACAGUGUUCUUAACCUUGCUGACGGUCAAGAACAAAUGUCAUGGUUGAUAGCCUUCACUGGAUGGGGUUUGAGCGUCAAGGUCCCCAUCAAAACUGCUCGUGAUUGCAUCAAUAUCUUACAGAACCACUACCCUGAGAGACUUGCUGUUGCACUUCUUUACAAUCCGCCUAGAAUUUUUGAAGCCUUUUGGAAGGUCGUCAAGUACUUCCUAGAUCCAUUAACUUUCCAGAAGGUGAAGUUUGUUUACCCAAAAAAAGAAGAUAGUGUGGAGCUCAUGAAGUCUUUCUUUGAUGUUGAUAACCUUCCAAACGAGUUUGGGGGAAAAGCCACUCUGAAUUACGACCACGAAGAGUUGUCAAGACUGAUGCCCCAGGACGAUGUGAAAACAGCCAAGUUCUGGGGAUUAGAUGGAAAGCCAAGCCACAUUGCUAACGGUCAUUCAGGUGCUCAGGUGGCACCAGAGCCGACACCUCUUGCUCUGCCAGCUUGCUAAGUCUGGCUUAUGCUUGGACAGGUAGACAACAUACUAAAGACAUGGACGGUGGAGCCCGGAUACAAACUUUAUUACCAGAUCCCAGAAUGGAACUUGAAAAGACGUUGGUGAAUAAGCAUCAAUUUGUUAAGCUAAUUGUUAUUUCUAACUACUAAAAAUAAUAGAUAUCCUCUGGCU